AUGUCGAUGUCAUUGUUUGAAGCAUGUGAAAAAGGUGAUAGUAAUCAAGUGAAAUUACUAAUCAAUGAAUACUUUAAUGUUAAUCAAUUGGAUGGACAAGGUCGUUCAGCACUUCAUUAUUGUUGUGAUAAUACAAUUACUGAUUGUGCUUAUCUCUUAUUAAAAGAUGAUUCAAUAAAAGAUACCAUUCUUAAUUUACAAGAUAAUGAAGGUUGUUCAGCACUUCAUUUAGCAUGCAUGAAUGGUAAUGAAAUUAUGGUGAAAUUUUUAUGUGAACAAGGUGCAAAUGUUAAAUUACUUGACAAUGAAUCUCGUUCUGUUAUUCACUGGAUAACAGUCUGCGGACAUCUUCAUCUUUUUGAUAUUCUAAUUCAAUAUAAAGCACCUCUACAUACACCUGAUAUUCAUGGUGUUUUUCCUAUUCAUUAUGCAUCACAAUUAUGUGAUGUUUCGGUAAAUAAAGAUUUAAAAAUUGAUUCAGAAAAAGGUUUGGCUAUUUUACAAAAAUUCAUGGAUUAUAGAGUAGAUAUUGAUUGCAUUGAUGAACAACAACGUACACCAUUUAUGUGGGCUGCUAGUGCAGGUAAUAUUGAAGAAUUACGUUUAUUAUACAAAUAUGGUGCCAAUCAAUUACAUGUUGAUAAAGAUUCACUUAGUGCACUUCAUUGUGCAGCAAAUCAUGGUCAUCUUUCUUGUAUUCAUAUGUUAGUAGAACAUUAUAAAUGUCCAACAGAAGGACAAGAUAUUAAUGGUUGUACAGCUUUGUUUUAUACUAUUAUGCAUAAUCAUUCGAAUGCAUGUCAAUUAUUACUAGAUUUAAAAGCAAAUCCUAAUCAUAAAGAUAAUCGUGGUCGCACACCAAGUCAUUACGCAAUAUGCAAUGGAAAUCUUGAAUGUUUAAAAUGUUUAAUUAAAUCUAAUGCUAAUAUAUGGUUAAAAAAUAAACGUGGUGAUUGUCCAAUACAUGAAUUAAUAAAUACUCUUUCACUUAAUAAAAUUCGUAAUCAAAAAAUAGAAUAUUCACAAAUUUUUGCUGUUAUUCGAUAUAUUUUUCAAAUAUAUCCAAAUAAAAUUAAUAUUCAAAAUGAUGAACAUCGAACUCCUCUUCAUUUAGCAGCAAGUUUAGGUGACAUUGAUACAUGUCAAGUUUUAAUUGAAUGUGGAGCAAAAAUUAAUUCAUUUGUACGAAAUUUAGCUGGUGACUACUUAACACCAUAUGAUCUUGCUCAUAAUUAUCAUCAAGAUGCGUGUACUAAAUAUCUUGUUUAUACACACGGAGGUCAAUCUGGUAAUGUACUUGCUAAUAUUGUUGCUCGACGUAUUCAAAAAUAUUAUCAUCAAUAUAAAUUACAAAAAAGUUCAUUAGUUACUGAAGAAGAAAAUUGUAAUUUUCAAAUAAAAAAUGAUUCAUUUAAACAAACAAUCAAUCAUUCAUUGAUUCCAUCAAAAAAUUCAAAAUCUGAUUUAUUAAAACAAUCAAAAUUACCUUUAGAUGAUAAAAAAUCUUACAAUCGUUCAAAAUCUCAUUCAUUAACUGUUCAAUCAUUAAGAAUAAGUACUCCUAAGUUAAAUGAAGAUCAUGUACAAGAACGUCGUCGUAAUUUUACUAAAUCAAAAACAACAACAACAACAACAACAACAGAUCAUAAUGAUGAAUCAAAAUUUGAAUCAUCUGGUAAAAUUAUUAUUCAAACAUCACAUUCAAUUGGCACAUAUACGAAAUUAUAUGAUCGACGUAAAAUAAUUGCUGAAGAAUUGCAUAAAUUAAGAGAAGCACGAAUUCAUAAUAAUAAUAUAGUUAUCAAUCGAUCAUUAUAUAAAAUCUUAAUUGAAAACGCUUACAACCCACAAAAUCGAUCUGUUGAUGAAAUUGAAAAAUAUCUUGAAACAUUAAUUACAUCGUAUGAUACAGAAUUAGAAGCUAUAAGACAACAUACUAAUAGUUUACCAUCGAAACAAAAUCGUCGUACUUCACUUAUGUUUUAA